GUCUUGUGCAAAAACAAGGAACUCAAACUAAAAUCACUCCUUGAGUUUACGAUCCUGUUCCAUUAGCAAUGGCUCAAGCUACUGAAGCUUGUUCACCACCUAGAGCAAAUUCACUUGAUCUUACACCUCCACCACCACCAUCACCACCACUCUCACCACCAGCUUCUCCACUGUCUAAUCCACUUGUGAACUCAUCCUCUGACCACAAAGACGCAUGUUCCCGUGACCCAUUCAUAGUCCACAACGGACAUAAAUUCAACCUCAGCGCCGUGCCUUCGAGAGUCAUGUUCUAUCGGAACAUGUAUUGGGAGGAUUUCCAGGGCGAAACCCUGGAAUCCCUCCGCUCCGGAUUCUUAAAGCGCACCCCAACGCUCCUCCUUGAAGUCGAAGAUGACAAAUACAUCUUCGACUUCACGCGCAUGUUGCAGGUUCACGUUGCGUCCAAGUCCUUCAGAUCCAUUGCCUGGAUCGAUGAAAGAGGUAAACCUUUCUUCCCCGUAAAGUUUUUCGACCAUGAUUUCUCUCAAGAAAAAAUGGAAGAGGAUCAUGGUAGGGCUGCUGAGAAGGAAAAUAAAAAGAUGGAAGAGGAUGAUGAUGAUAAAAGUGAUAAGAGAAAUGAAAAAAUGGAAGUGUGUGACGUUUCAGGUUCCAAAACGCAAAGUUUAGGACCGAAGCCGAAAUUUCCGAGUACUAAGUUAUUGGCGAGUGAUGAUAAGAUGUACAAGUUUGCGAGCAAUUUGUUUCUGAAGCACAUGACUAAGGUUGAUCCUCAAGCUGUUGUGACGAACGUUCAUGAAUUUAAAGUGAUGGGGGAAUUUGGAAGAGUUCGUAAGGAUGUUCUUGAGAGGCAAAUUGAGAUCACAGAAGCCAAACGAGGCAAAGCCAAUGUCGUUUAUGCUUGGUAUGCAGCGCCAACAUUCCAUGUGGCUGGAAUUUUGGCUCUUGGGUUUGACCUGCCUGAUCACAAAAAUUCUGGGAUUCAAUUACCAUCACUUGGAGCUGGAAUCUUUUUGGCUGAUGUGGAGUCACCCCAAUACAGUGCCUUGCAAUACCCGGUGCACCAAGAUCCUGAGAAGCAUGUUGUGCUCUGUCGGGUUGUGCUAGGAAACGUGGAAAAAGUGCAUAUUGAAUCUAAUCAAACUAGUCCUUCCCGUGAGGAAUUUGAUACUGGCUCUGAUGAUCCUAAGAAUCCUAACUGGUAUGUGGUAUGGGGCCAUGACAUGAACAGACGCAUAACCCCUAUUUGUGUUGUCAGCUGCAAAACCACAGGCAUAGUUCCUGUGGAAUGGAAAAUAUUCUUCUGUGAAAUUGCUAUACUUCCAAAGCUGAUCUCAGAGAUAAAGAAGCGGAUCCCUAUUUUCAAUGUCCCUGCACUUAAUUACAUAUAUGAAAUGUUCAAAUGUAAAAUGGUGAGCGGAGAUGUUUUCAUAAGGCAGUUCCGAUCAAUCGUCGGUGAUCGAGUAAUCUGGGAGACAGCAAAGGCGAUUAUGCGUUCAUGA